AUGAAGGUGCGCGGGGCCGGGCCGGGGGCGGCGGCCGGGGGGGCGCGGAGGGGCGCGGGGCCGCGGCGAGCGGGGCUGGAGCCCCCCGGGGGUCCCGGAGCGGACGGAGCCCGGCUCUCGGGGCUGCUCAGGAGGAUGCACUUGUUCCGGAGCUCCAGCUACGACGUGCGGCUGGAGGGGGCCGGGGGGAGCCUGCCCCGCAUCCAGGGCAUCCGCUGGACCCCGCUCCUGGACUCGGAAUCCAGCCUGGACUAUGGCCACAGCAUCACCCAGGCAUCCUCGGAGAAGAUCUGGAGGGCAGGCAAGCUCCUCUUCGCCCACCUGAGCAGCUCCCAGCCCAGCCUCAUCCGCGACCACAAGCACCACCUGCGGCACCACCGGCAGUGCUGCUCGGGGAAGGACUUGGUGGAUUGGCUGCUGAGCGCCGGCGCGGCCGUGCAGACGCGCGGCCAGGCCGUGGGCAUCGGGCAGGUGCUGGUGGACAGCGGGGUCCUGACACACGUGAGGCAGGAGUGGCACUUCCAGGACAAGGACACGCAGUUUUACCGCUUUGCCGAGCUGGAGCUGAGCCCCGAGCCCGGCGCGGGGCCGCGGGACCCCGAGGAGCUGCUGGAGGCUCUGGGGUUCCUGGCACAGCUGGGCCCUGACGCGCUGCUCUCCAUGGCCCUGCGCAAGCCGCCUGCCCAGCGCACUCAGGACGAGCUGGAGCUGAUCUUUGAGGAGCUGCUCCACAUCAAAGCCGUGGCUCAUCUCUCCAACUCGGUGAAGCGGGAGCUGGCGGCCGUGCUGAUGUUUGAGGGGCACCAGCGUGCAGGCACCGUCCUGUUCAGCCAAGGUGACAAAGGCACCUCCUGGUACAUCAUCUGGAAGGGCUCGGUCAACGUGGUCACCCACGGCAAGGGCUUGGUGGCCACCCUGCACGAGGGGGAUGAUUUUGGGCAGCUGGCGCUGGUGAACGACGCCCCACGGGCGGCCACCAUCCUCCUGCGCGAGGACAAUUGUCACUUCCUGCGCGUGGACAAGCAGGACUUCAACCGCAUCCUCAAGGACGUGGAGGCCAACACGGUGCGGCUGAAGGAGCACGGCAAGGUGGUGCUGGUGCUGCAGAAGGACCUGCAGGGGGGCAGCGGCCAGGCGGCCUCGGCACGGAGCAGCAGGUACCUGGUGAUGGCUGGGACACCUGAGAAGAUCCUGGAGCACCUGCUGGAGUUCAUGAGGCUCGAUGCCACCCUCUACGACCCCGUGGACACGCUGCUGGGGGAUUUCCUGCUCACCUACACCGUGUUCAUGCCGACCUCGCAGCUCUGCCGGGCCCUGCUGCACCAUUUCCGCGCGGAGCCGCUGGAGGGCUCGGAGCAGGACAAGGCCUCCUAUUCCCUGCGGAAACGGCGCAAAAUCCUGCGGCUCGUCAGCCAGUGGGUGCUGCUCUACGGGCGGCUGCUGCAGGGCGACCGCAGCACCAUGGCACUGCUGCAGAACCUGGCGGACCUGGCGAGCCAGGACCCUCAGCUGGGCGGGCUGUGCCAGGAGCAGGGCCAGGAGCGGCGGCGACCCCGAGCGCUGGAGAAUGGUGAUGGCAGCGUGUCCCCCCAGCCCAAGGCGCGGAGCUCGGGAAUGUGGCUCGGGAGCCCUGAGGAGGCGAUCCUGGAGAGCACCUGCGCCCUGCGAGCGCAGGACAAAGUGCCCUACGAGAUCUUCAGGGCCGACCACUCGUGCCUGGUGUCGGUGCUGCCCGUCAACGCCGCCGUGCGGGACGUGCUGCGGGCGCUGGCGCCGCGGCUGCGCCAGGACCGGGAGCACGUCCUGGUCAAGGUGAACUCGGCCGGAGAGCGAGCAGUGCUGCCGCAGGACGCCGUGGGGGUGUUCACGGCGCUGGGCCUCAACGAGAGGCUCUUUGUGGUCAGCAGGGAUGAGCUGGGCAGCCUGACCCCCCACCCUGAGCAGCUGGGCCCCCACGCCGGUGCCUCGGACACCCUGGACCUGAUCAGCUCCAAGGACCUGGCCAGCCACCUCACCGACUACGACUGGAACCUCUUCAAGAGCAUCCACCAGGUGGAGAUGAUUCACUACAUCGUGGGGCCUCACAAGUUCCACGAGGUGGCCACGGCCAACCUGGCCCGGAUGCUGCGGCGCUUCAACGAGCUGCAGUUCUGGGUGGCCACCGAGCUGUGCCUGUGCCCCGAGCUCGGGCGGCGCGCGCAGCUCCUGCGCAAGUUCAUCAAACUGGCGGCACACCUCAAGGAGCAGAAGAACCUGAAUUCCUUCUUCGCGGUGAUGUUUGGUGUGAGCAACACGGCCGUGACUCGCCUGGCCAAGACCUGGGAGAGGCUGCCCCACAAGAUCCGGAAGCUGCAUUCAGCCCUAGAGAGGAUGCUGGACCCCUCGUGGAACCACCGUGUCUAUCGCCUGGCCGUGGCCAAGCUGAGCCCCCCCAUCAUCCCCUUCGUGCCCCUGCUGCUCAAAGACAUGACCUUCAUCCACGAGGGCAAUCGCACCCUGGCCGAGAACCUCAUCAACUUCGAGAAGAUGCACAUGAUGGCCAAGACCGUGCGAGUCCUGCAGCGCUGCCGGGGCCACGCGCACGCACCGCUGUCCCCACUGCGGAGCCGCUCCCCGCACCGGCCCGAGGAUGCCAAGGCCGUCAGGAUCUCCACGUGCUCGGAGCAGUCCCUGAGCGUGAGGAACCCCGUGUCCACCUGGGCCUACCUGCAGCACCUGAGGGCCAUCGACAGCCAGAAGGAGCUGCUGAGGCUCUCCCGGGAGCUGGAGCCCUGA